CUAAUCUGUGUACAUUCUUUUGAGAACCGUGCGGUGGUACGCUGCCGGUAUAGUUCUUCUGUUGUGUGAUCAAAAUGAGUGUUUUACCAGAAAAUAUUAAGGCUGAGGCCAAUUCAAUUAUUCAUCAAUAUUUAAAUAGUAUAGACAAAUCCUUAGCGAGUAACUUUUUAAAAAUAACAAAAGCGAAACCCAGAGCUAAGAAUCUGCCGUCUUUUGUUGAUAUACUUCAACAAUUCAAAAGCCAGCAAAAGCCCAACAAAAAACAAGCUGAGAGCUCUGAUGACUCUAGCGAAGACGAAAAGCCUAAAAAGCCUGUUGCCCAAAUAAAUGGUAAUGCCCAACAGAAAAAGAAGGAAUCCUCUGAUUCAGAUAGCUCGGAAGAUGAGAAACCUCAAAGCAAACCUGCACCCAAGUCUAACAAUGUUGCACCGAAAGCUGCUCCCAAGAAAGCAGAAUCAUCAGAUGACAGCGACAGUAGUGAUGAUGGUUCAAAGAAACCAGUAGCUCAGCCGGUGAAACCUCAAGCAAACAAGGCAGCUCCUAAAGUGGCUAAACAAGAAUCUUCUGAUGAUAGCUCAGACAGUGAAGAUGAAAAGCCAGCAACAAAACCUACCCCAGUCAAACCAGCUCCAGCUAAAGCCACACCAGCUAAAGCUACUCCAGCUAAAACUCCUCAAAAGAAAGCUGAAUCUUCGGACAGUGACAGCAGUGAUGAUGAACCUAAAAAGCCAGCUCCUAAAGCAACCCCAGCCAAGAAACCUGUUGCUAAACCAUCAAAAGCAGAAGAAUCAUCAGAUGACAGUGAUUCGGAUGAUGCCACCAAACCACCUCCAAAGGCUGCCACUGCCAAGCCCACACCAAAUAAACCAGCAGUUAAGGCUGCACCCAAAAAACAGGAAUCAUCUUCUGACGACAGCAGUGAAGAUGAGAAACCCCAACAGAAAGCUUUCCCCAAACUGCAAGCGGCAGCUGCCAAACCAGUUGGCAAGGUCAACAAGAAGCAGUCAUCCUCAGAAGAUAGUGAUGAAAGUACUGAAGAUGAAAAAGCCAAGGCUGCAGCGAAGCAACCAGCUAAACCUGCAGCCAAACCAACCCCAGCCAAGAAGAAACAGGAAUCUUCUUCUGAUGAUAGUGAUGAUGAACCCCCAAAACCGGCCCAAAAAUCUCCAGCCCCAGCCAAACCUGCAGCAAAAGCAAAGGCAGAAUCUUCAGACAGCGAUGACAGCAGUGACGAUGAACCUAAAGCUAAGCAAGCUAAAGUAGCAACCCCGGCUAAACCUGCAAAGGAAGAUUCUUCUGAUGACAGUGAUGAAGAACCACCUAAGAAGGUUCAAAAACCUGGCGCUAAACCAGCAGCCGCACCUAAAAAAGCACCAUCAGACAGUGACGAUAGUAGUGAAGAAGAACAAAAGAAGCCACCGUCUACUCCAAAAGCCAAGCCAAAGCAAGAGUCGUCUGAUGAUGAUGAUAGUGAUGAUGAAGCACCAACUGAAGUGCAGAAGAAGGAAAAUAAUCAGUCUGAAAACGUCAAAGCUGGCAAGAAAAGGAAAGCCUCUGAAAAUGAAGCAGAGCCAACACCCGCCAAGAAACCAUAUAGCAAUUUUGUAAAGGGGACCAAUUGCUCAUCAACACCCAGUGACAAAGGCCCAGAAAGUAAGCCAACUCCCUUCAGGAGAGUUGUCACAGAAAAAGUUGAAGUGGAUCCUAGACUUAAAGACAAUUCAUUUGAAGCUAAGUACGGAGCCCGCGGCUCGUGGGGCGAGCGCGCUAAUCAAGACUUGAAGCACACACGCGGCAAGUCAUUCAAACACGAGAAAACAAAGAAAAAACGCGGUUCCUACCGGGGUGGCGCCAUCGACACCGGGGUCCAUUCCAUUAAGUUUGAGGAUUGACAUACAAUGAACUUAUGACAUGAUUCAUACAAUUAAUAUAUAUCACUGUAGCCCUAUAUGCUUUAGUAUUAUGAUUCCAUUUGUGAGUGAUGCUGCGGUAACUGAUUUUUUUUUAUAUCUUCAUUGCAAGUGAUAGUAGAGUAAUCGUAGCAAUAGCUACGUGUAACUUAAAUAUGCCGUUAUCUGACAUUCUUUUUAAAUUAAUAAUUUUACUUACGUAGUGUAAGUCACUUUGGUGUUUAUAGGUAAAUUUACCUAGUAAUACAAUAAAAACUUAAUCGGAAUUGUUCUUUAUGUAAUAAAAAAAAAUGUUUACAAGUCUUUAUUUUUCGAAACAUUUAGUUUAUGAACGCUCCGUGUAAAUAACGUGAAGUUUUAAUAUACACGCUAUUUUGUACAUAAGCAUAAGUAAGGAAUAGAGAUAAGUAUUUAGUUUUUAACCGUCGAAAAAAAUAUGUUUCAUUAUAAUUAAGACCGCCUUGACGAUACUUGAAUGUGUUUAAAUAAAACUAUUUGACUUAAA